ACACACACACACACACACACACACACUUGCAUCCCGGCGCCCGGUCUCACCUGCGGCUCACCUGCGGCUGUAGCCGGUGCGGGGUGAGGUCGGAGGGGGGCGCGCGCUGCACGCGGCGGGUCCUCGACAGCUCGUGCGCUCAGUAAGCGAACCGUUCCGUAACGCUGCGCAACGUUUUCUCAUCCCCGCCGCUCAAUCAUCAUAACCAUCAUCACCCGCUCGCGCAUUAUUAUACAGUAUAUUAAACAGUUCAGAUCUGAUCAGCUAUUAACAGAACUUUAUACUGAUGUGUUUGAGGCGUUUGCAUGAUCAGUGCUCUGAUCAGUGGGUUUGAUCUGGAGAUGUCUGAUCAAUGAUCAUCAAUAACCAGGCUUACAGCCCUGCAGCACUAACGCACACAUUCCUCUGAAGACCUGCGUUUGGGAAAUCUUUGCACAGGAGUGUAAAAGUUGGGCUGGGGUUUGGUUGUUCGCAGCUCGUUACCGGGGAGCAGUGUGUAAAUAUUUUAGAGAGGAUGUCACUGGAUACCUGCUCGAGCUGUCAGCCAUGUAAACCUCACUGAGCCCCGGGAGCUUCAGUGAUCUCAGCUCUACAUCUCUGAACGCUUACCGCUGCUGCUCCUGCUGUGCUGUGGUGUGGUGGAUCUGCGGCGCGAUGCAGCUCAGCGAGGCCGUGUGGGAAAGCUGUAGUCAGGGGUCUGUUCUGCAGCCCCUGUGGGACUAUCUGCGGCUGCAUCACUCCAGCACUCUGAGGUCCCCCCUGUUCCCCGUGAUCCUGUCAGUGUCCUCGUACUUCGUGCUCUGCCUGCCCUACCUGCUCUGUGACGUGGCUGGAAAGAAGUGGCCGGCCAUCUACAGGUACAAGAUCCAGCCGGACCGGUUGCCCACCUUUACCAUGAUGCUCCGCUGUGCCGGCGUCACUCUCCGCAACAACGUCUUCCUGGUGUUCCCGGCGGCCGUCGCCCAGUGGGCCUGGAGGCCUCCGGUUCCUUUGCCCGAACAGGCACCCACACUGCUGGAGCUGGUUGGAGGUGUGGCAGGUAACCUCCUGCUGUUUGAUUUGCAGUACUUCAUCUGGCACCUACUGCACCACAGGGUACGCUGGCUGUACGUUACCUUUCACGCCAUCCACCACGAAUACUCCGCACCCUUUUCCCUGGCCACGCAGUGCUUGGGGGGCUGGGAGUUGGUCACUGUGGGUUUCUGGACCACCAUCAACCCAGUGUUACUGAGGUGUCAUUUGCUCACAACUUGGGCCUUCAUGGUGACCCACGUCUACGUGUCGGUGGAAGACCACUGUGGGUACGACUUCCCCUGGUCCACGUCUCGCCUGAUUCCCUUUGGCGUCUACGGAGGGCCAAACAAGCAUGACGUGCACCACCAGAAACCCAACACCAACUUUGCCCCCCAUUUUAGCCACUUGGACAAACUGUUCGGCACACAUUCUGAUUUCAGUUUUAUCAAAACUAAAUGAAAGCUCAAAUUACGAGAAACACAUGAGAGUCACAGCCUACACUUCCUUAUGAAGCAGAUUGUGUUUAUAAUUCUCUCUUUAGGAUUUUAUUAAAAUGUGCGGUCACAAACAUCUCAGAAACAUAAAACUAAAAGAGCAUUCGUAAGAUUUCUCUAAAUUUUGGGAUAACAGAUGAGAGAUGUGGACAUUGGUUGUUGGAGGACAUUUUGAUGGUUUUAUUCUUUUACAGAAUACCACAGAAAGCUAUUAUACAAACUGAAUGCUGAAGUGAAUUUGUAGAAACUAGUUAACACGCCAUAACACCAAAAUGCCUGACUAAAAGCGCACUUAGAAAAAGGGACAUUUAUUAUUCUAUAGUCCUGUGUUGUCUACAGAUAAUUUUUCUUUUUUCAGAUUAUUUUAGCAGUAGUAACCGUUAAAGUUUAGGCCUGUGAUAAACAUAAAGUGUGUUAUUAAGUUUAUGAGGUUCUGAUGUAUCGCCUGUGUCUCCUUCCUCUGGCCUUCCUCAGUGCAGGUCAGAGACUAGGAGCACUGUGUCAGAACCUGCAUCAGACCUGAUAACAUCACCUAAAGCCUCAGGUUCAGUCUUAAAAACACAAUGUUGUGAUUUUGCUAAUAAGUUAUAAAAACUCUGCUCUGGUUAACAGCAAAUUAAUGUAGUUCAAAAGUUCAGAGCAACUUUUCUGGAGUGCUGUGGGGGAUCUUAUAGUUAUCCUAGGUGUGUCUGCGUCACCCCCACGCUCUCGCUAGUGCCGCACAUGAUUGCAAUGUAAAGAGCGAUGGAUGUCAGAAACUUUGUAAAACCUGCAUAAAACUGCGUAAGGGAGUUUCUGCUUAUAAACAAACAAGGAAUUAGGCCCAUUAUUUCCAUCUCAGUUAUGCUUUAUGCAAAAAUAAAAACGAUUAGAAUUUCUCUUUAACCAAGAGCUGGACACAAUGCAAAGAACGCAUCCCUGAUCCAGUGCUGAUACACCUCUGAUCUUCUGCUUCAGAUACAAAUGACACACUUUUACUUUUUUUUUGGCUAAUUAGUCAAUAUGCCUGGGCACAUCUAAUGCCCAAACCUUUAUAUAUACAGCUCUGAAAAAAAAAACAGAACACUUAAAAAACAAUCAGUUUCUCUGAUUUAAAUAUUUAUAGGUAUAUAGUUGUGUAAAAUGAACAUUGUAGUUUUAUUCUUUAAAUUACUCAUGACAUUUCUCCCAAAUUACAAAUACAAAGUGUAUUUUAGAUCAUUUAUUUGCAGAGAAAUUGUCAAAUUAAUAAAAAAGAUGCAGAGCUUUUAAACCUAAAACCUAAUGCAAAGAAACAAGUGAAAGUUCAUAUUCAUUUAGAAACAACAACAAUACCAAAGUUUUAUCUAAGGAAGAUAAUUAAUAAUCAGUGA